UUCACCCUACUGCCCUCGACAGCCACCUUAACCACAAGUUAAAUUCAAGCUUCUGCCAUUCAAAGUUCUUCUUGUUGCUGCCACCUUAUCGUUGAUUCGCAGUAAAACUAAAUAUCUAGCUCUUCUACCACGUGUUUCUUUGAAAAAAAUAAUUAAGGAAAAGUUUUGUUAAUUUAAAAAGUGUCGAGUUUUAAAAUGCCACUACAAAAAAUAGAACGAGACGUUCAUAAAUCAUGUCAUGCAUGGGUACUUGAAAAUAUGAGUGAAAUAUUCGCAAAAGUAGAUGAGGACGAGAUCAAAUUUACAUAUUUUCCUGUUCAUAAAACUCACUACUUUUCUACAGAAGUUCAAGGUCAUGUCGUUGACUGGUACGUCACAUUGAAUUUUUUAAAUAAUCAAUUGUGGGGUGGAUUAAAGAUAGAAUUCGACGCUGUUAAAAAAUUCGAACCUCAGAAUCAUGUCACCUGUAAUUUUUACCUGAUCGAUGCCGACAAAAAUAAGUUUUUUCUUGGACGAAAGAACCGGAAAUUUUAUGAUUCUCCGAAAUUUUAUUUUCCUAGAGUACGUCAAUGCUGUUUAUCUGGCUCACCGAACACAAUAGAUAAACUACUUCCAAAUGAUACCAUGACACUGCACAUCGAACUCAUAACUUACUUGGAUGAUGAUCCUAUAUUUCCUGACGAGGGAAUGUAUUAUACCUAUUAUCUAGAUCCCAGUUUAUCAGAUGAUUUCUCGGAGUUAUAUAAAGUUCAAGAUGACCGUGAUGUUAUGAUUUAUGUGCAGGGUGUUGCAUUUCCAGUCCAUAAAAGAGUAUUGAGAGCACGGUGUCCUAAAUUAUAUGAAAUGGUUGAUUAUCAUCAACACAUGUCUGAUGGCAAUGAUAACCAAGUAGCUCUUACGGGCAUAAAGCCAGAGAUAUUUAAAAGAGUUUUAGAAUUUAUGUACACUCGGAAAGUUGAGGACUUGGAUGAUCAUGCAGAAAAUCUGCUAAAAGCUGCUUCGAAAUAUGAAUUAAGAAGACUGAUAAAUCUGUGUGAAUUCUCCCUCAUGGAGCACUAUCUUACCUACGAAAAUUAUUAUGAGGUUAAAAAAUUGGCUAAGAGGUUUGGUGCCACUCAAUUAAGCAGUAACGCCUCUAUAUUCCGAGAAAAUACACGCUCCGAAAAAGGGGCCUAUCAACGUUAUUUAGAAAAGGCACACCGGAGGAAUACAGUUCAUCAGACUAGAUUGUCUUUGCAUCACUAGAUAGCAAUCUAUUUAUUCAUCGCAGUAAGAUUUUUCUUCAUAAAAUUUAAUAUUUUUCAAACAAAUUUGUUUUUUUGUGAUUAACUUUUGAGUUUGCAUUUUUCCACUUUUGUUAAAACUUUCAAUAAAAAGUUGGAUUUACUUACUCCCAAUUUAUAAUCUAAGUUUCUAUUUAAUAUGCUCAAAAAGUUUUAAUUUCAGUCUUUAAUCGAUGUAAAGUAUGAACUUUGUAAUAUUUCAUUAAACUGGAAGAAUAAAUGUAAAAAUAUA